GAAAGCAACAAGAGGAUAGGGUACCGCAGUGUGCAGUGGGCGGACUUCAUCAUCCAAGAGAAGAUUUCGAUGCAGAUGGCCAACGGCGUCGCCGACGGAACCAUCGGGACGGGCAGGGCAGCGCGAGACACGGACUACACGGAGUACCAGCUGCCAAGACGGAAUGGCAUGAUUACAGUCAGUAUGAGCACAAUAGACGUGGCGUCGUUCCCCAUCUUCAUACCACCGAGGGGCAUGGCCGUCAACCAGAGCGAGCUAAGCAAGUGGGGUCGCAACAGCCUCCCCAUCAUUUCUGGCGACUACAACUGCGCUUUUGGAAUACGCCGACACACAACAGAAAAAAAAAACAUCGAGGCCACCGAGUCUAGCGGUACAGAGGAGCCCGCCCUAGAGAACACCACCAGCCCGCAGAGGAGCGACCUCAAGGAUGACAACCACUUGGCGAUCGGAGACGCUUUCAUGGGGACAGGGAACGCCUACUACGGAAGCGCCUACACAAGCAACUUAGACCAUGUUGCUUUGCCUGCGAAAGCCAUGUGCAGGGCUCGCCAACCUUACCCCGAGGCUUGUUUGGCGCGACGUCUCCAGUUACACAAUCCCGCGCACCUGACCGACCACAUGCUGAUUUACAUGAAUCUGGAUGUGCACAGCGCCAAGACCCACAACAGCAAGCUCACGCCGCAUGCCAACUACGACCUGAUGAUGAUCACUUCCACACGGGGCUACAAAC